AAAGUCGCGAGUUGAAGGAGUUUCAGUUUCUCUUCGACCGGGAACAGCAACGGACGCAUUCGAAAUAAAUUUUAAACCAACAGAAAAGCAGAAUAUUGUACCCAGCUAUGCAGUGGCUAUUAUAUACGGCUUUAUUGCUGUUUGUGGCAUGGAGUUAUCCUUCGCAAGCGGCUAGGAUAUCCGCUCUAGAAGUUCAGCGACGCUUGCCGCAAAAGCAAGCUAAGAUUGAUUCCAGGAACUAUCCAGUCAAAUAUGUUCUGCUUCCAAGUGCUCGAGGUGGCUACAGACGGCGUUAUGUCCACAGCCUGGCCAAAGCAGCUCCUACAACCACUACGGAACGUCCUUUGGUGCGCGUUUGGAAUAGUUUUGUUCGCAGCGUACAGCCAGCCUUCAGUUUCCGGAACCUAACCAAUCCACUGGCCAACUUUUUCAACGAUGGCAGUGCCAACAUCAUUGAGACAUCACCCGUUUACUUGCACUCCUACGAUGACGAACAGGAGCUGCAAAACGAGGAGCCCGCACCGGCGGUCCCGCAAAAUUCUAACAAACGCAAACGAAAGCGCCGUAAGCAACAGAAGCGUCGACCUGUUUACGAUUCGGAGGAGAACGAUGAUGCCUACAGCCCCUACGAUCCUUACUUUAUUCCACCUCCACCCCCGCCAUCCGCACAGCCCAUGUUCUUCUACGAUACCAACUCCGGCAGUUACUACGGAGUGCAGCGCUUCAGUCCGCAGGAUUUUCAAGCUAAUUUCUACAAUAACUACAACAAUCAGGCGGAAAGCGAAGCAGAGGAGAUGGUUAGCGAGCCUGAGGUAGAAUCUCCCGCGGUAAGGAGGCUCGGCACCAGGAAAGUAACUCUACUACGCCCGCUACAUCUAUCAUCGGCCAAGGGUCAACCGCCGUCAAAGUUAGCGGAAGUCAGCAAGCCAGUGACGUCUAAUGAGAACGAAGAUACUGUUGAGGAAAUCGACAGCAGCGCACCGAGCAGUGCAACGAGCAAUGAUGAAGACGAUGGCGAUAUUGCAACACAUUCCCCACUCUCUGAGAGCAUGCGCAAUAGUCUGGGCACGUACAUGCGCGACGAUCGCCACACCCGCCAACGCCAAAGACUUGCCAGCGACGGAGCAGGAGCUUUCGAUUCUUCGGCCAAAGUAUCGCCCCGCCAUCAUCAACGACACCUCUUCCGACUGGGUGCCUGGUGAUUCGUGUUAAACUAUCUCGAAAUAAACUCUUUAGGUAUGGA